UUAAUCACGAAUCCAAUGAAAUCAAAUAGUAUCUAAUCUAUAACAUAAAAUGAUAAAUGAUGUGAUAAUGACAAAUUGAUAAUUACAUGAACAAAUUUAUCAAAAUGUCACCAAUAUGUAACCUAAAAACAAGAUGAUCAUAUACAUGCAAAUUACACCAGAUAAUGCAUUAGGAUUGACAGGUGCACCUUGGUAUCACAAACUCUGUGUCGGUGGUGCUCAUACCACGUGUACGGCGUCGGCAGUGGUUCACCGGCACUGGUUUUAAUCGCUGCUACUAUAAAUAAUCGUCUUCACCACAAUGCUACCAAUUUCAUUCUUAAUUCGAAGAAGAUGAAGCUUCCAGUUCCACUAGCAGCUCUACUCAUCCUCGCUUUCGUUUUCACCUCCUCCGUCUUCAAAUCCGCCGCCGCAACAACUCCUACCGGCGUAUCCGCCUCCGCCUCCACCUCCGUUUCCAUCUCCGUCUCUGGUCCAGGUGGAUUUGGUUGCGAUAAGAAGUGUGAAUUGAGGUGUUCGAGAUCUGGCCGGAGAGACAGGUGUUUGGAUUAUUGCGGGAUCUGCUGCGGGAAAUGCAGCGGCUGUGUUCCGGCGGGUCCGUACGCCGAUAAAGCGCAAUGCCCUUGCUACCGUGAUAUGAAGAACCCCAAGGGAACAAGCAAAUGCCCUUAAAAUGUUUGAAUUUUAAUGGAUUAAAGUUUGUGUGAAUAAUUGUUGUGAAGGAGUUUUUGUAUUAUUGAAAUAAUCUUUUUUAUAAAUGAAGUAUUUUUAGUUUUAAUUUUAA